GUCAUUAUGGAUAUGCAUUCUGCCUUCAAUUUUUUAAAAAAAGCCCUUUGACCUCUGCCCCUAGGGAGGUGGUAGAGUACUGGCAUCAGAGGAAGGGAAAAGCCAGAGUAGAUGAAGGAGGUCUUGGUGGGUUUGGUCCCCUGUCCUUCCAGAGGGGAAUCCCAGGGAAGAGCAGUUCGGAAAGGCAGAAGUAGGAAAGGAUGUAAUGCCUGAGAGUUUAAAAGGGGAGAUCAUUUUAAGUUCAAUAAAUAAUUUUUAAAAUCCCGGUGAAUUUAGUGGGAAAGAAAGAUGGGGAGGCCAGCAGUACGGUUCGUAUCUCCAAAGGGGCAUCUCUAAGGAGCUCAGAGUUUUAAAGUCACACAGGGGAAGAGACAAGGGCAGAGUGCCAGGAAUAGCCCUGGGGACGAGGCCACGCUCUGAACCCGAGGGAGGCCAGGCCGUGACCCCGGGCUUGACGUUUACUCCCGGGCUUGACGUUUACUCCGCUCUUGUGUUUCCUGUGUCCAGAGGUUCAUCUCGGGGCACGGAGCGUCCUGCCUGCUGUCCCCAGGUGCAAACGGAUGAGCCCAGCUGGGCUGGGAGAGGGGAGAUCAGGGCAGGUUGGCAGCCAGUGCGCCAGGGACAGGGAGAACUGCGCAUGCGCAAACGCCGGUGCCAUGGAAACGGGACGCAGAAGGCGGGGCUGCCGGUGGAGUUGCUCGGCUUUCUUCAUUAAGGAGAGAAAAGUUCUUCGCUGUGAUGCAGGAACAGCGGGUUGCUCGGGUUGCUCGGGCGGGCGAGGACAAAAACAGAAUCACACGAAAGAGAGAGGGCAACGCCGCGGAGUCCGUGAAGCCGGGGUGUGGGCUGUCUUGGCGGCCCUUCCGGGCAGCUCGCAGACUUGCAGAUCGACUGGCUUCGUCCGCUCUGCCCAUCGAGGGCCAACACCUGGCCUACACCGGCCCGGAGCGCGCCCCAGUGAGCGGACACCGCCUGGGACAGCCAGCUUCAGCGUAUUCCUGGAGACACAGACAGACGUGAGCUGGCGCGGUAGAAACCGGAUAAAACGGGAAUUACUCCACUCCCAGGAAGUCCAACUCAGAUGGUGGCCCGACGGCUGUGACCAGGGGAGAUGCGUGAUUAUCCCGCUGCUUCGCCUGGUUGCUACAGACCACAGGUCACAGGGCUCUGCCGCGCUGACCAGGUCCUGCAGGCGCAGAUGGCUGGUCCUCUGAGACCCAGAGAGGCUGGUCCCCCAGACCACCCUUUAGCCCUCCGCUCCCUGGCUGCAAGGUAUGUGUGCUGAGCUGAUAGUCAAGAUGCCUUCUUAUGUUUUCUUUCACCAAGAGGGUUGCGUUAUACCAUGGCCCCCAUGAGCCCACAGAGAAAUAGAGAAUUCCCAGGGAACUCUAAAACAGGACUUUUCUAAGAAGCUAUGCAAGCACAAAAUACGGCCCUGGGCAUAGGAACAGAAUGUUCUUUCUAAAAGCUGGAGUGAUUUUAGUCUCUCCCGAAGCCAUUCUCAAAAAUAAUAGCCCUCAUGACUGGGUGUAGCCGAGGCUGUUCUCCAAGGCCCUCCGGUGUCAUUCAGUUCAGGUAUCAGUAAUGGCACUUACCGGCCGCCCCAAAGGGAAAUGAUGGUCCCCGCGAGAGUGCCCCACUGGGAGCAAGACAACAGUCCAGCCGAAGCAUAAUUACCCUGACGCACUCCGUAUCCAGGUCCAGUUUGCAGGGUCCUGUCUACUUUCAUUUUCUCAGAGAUAAUCACAGGAGACAAAGCUUCCAGAUGGGGGAAAUCCCAGGGUGGGGGGUCGUAAAAGGCAUCUAUCUGUCUGUCCUCCGCUCCCGGCCCGACCUACUGGGCUUCUCUGAUGUCAGUGUCCUGCCUUUGUCGAGCCCUAGAUCCCACAGAGAGAAGAAGGGAGCCCUGCCUCUCUUCACCUGGCUCCGACAGACAGGUGUGGGUGUGCAGCCAGUCACAGCCAGCAGUGCACAUGCAUUGGAGCAGCGGAACGAGCACUUCUGCAACUCAGGUCUAAGGAUUUGCUUGCCAAUGUGUGAUUUCUCCAAAGCAGAAAUAUCGACAAAGCGAAUGUAUUCAAAGUAAAAGACUGGAGUAGGGUUUUCAGAGAUGAGAAAUCACAUCCUCAGCAUCAGACCAGAGUGGACAAUGAGAACAGCUAGCAUGGAUUUCACAGAAGACAGAGGGUUGCUUUGGGCUGAAGGAGCUCCUUCUGGGCUCUGACCCACUUGGGGAGGUGAAGGAAGGGUCCUAAGGAGAGAACCCACAGUCCGUGUGCUCCCACGAGAGGACAGGUGUUCAGCACUUCUGCAAGAGAGACUCUCCCCAGCAGUCCUGUUCUCAUGGAAAUGGGUCACAGUUUAAAUUCAUGGUAACUGAUGCAGGAGGAUAGCUCAGUCCCCUUCAGGCUGGGCGGGGCACAGCUGGAGGGAAACACAGUCCACAGCCAGGUCUGAGACCGCUGUCCCCCUCCCUGUGUCUACCCAGGGCCGUGCUCUUCCUGCCUGGCCACCGCGACCGUGCAGAGACACACACCAGGUGGGCUUCACACCACCUUCGCCAGGCACAGUCCCCGCCUGGGAGGGUCUCUGGGUCGCGUUGGCCUCUGCCCGGCUCAAAGCCCGGGCCACUCACACCCUUUGCUCUGAAGUCAAAGGGUUAAUGGUGUCCAGAUGUACAGAAAGCAGAGCUCCCUACCUUCCACUCUCAGGAUAUGCACUACACACUUAAUUCAGACAUAUGCUUGUGCGUGCACAUGUACACGUGAACUAGGGGAU